GCCCCGCGUCCCUACCCCUUCGGAGUCCGCGCCCGCCAGGGGCCGGGCCGCGCCUACCGCCGGGUCCGCGGGGCGGGGUCCCGGGGCAGCACCUGCCUCGCCUUGCGGAGCUACUCCGCCAGCGGAGCCCAGCUCUCGGCGUGGACCCCGGCCCCACCUCGGGACCCUGCCAUCACAUCGUCUCCUGGAAGCCUGCCCUGAUUGCCUUUACUUCCUCUCCUGAAAACUGGCUUCUCUGUAGAAGUGAAGCUUAGGGGCGUGCUGCUGAGAGGGCACAGCCCCCUGUGAUGCGGAACCCCACACUCAGGUUCAUCAGUUCGAACUGCCUGAAGUCCUGCUGCCCUGGGAACCAUGUUUAACGGGGAGCCUGGUCCAGCCUCAGCUGGGGCCUCCAGGAAUGUGGUACGGAGCUCCAGCAUCAGCGGUGAGAUCUGUGGAUCCCAGCAAGCUGGGGGUGGGACCGGGACCACCACGGCCAAGAAACGACGCAGCAGCCUGGGAGCCAAGAUGGUGGCUAUCGUCGGCCUGACCCAGUGGAGCAAAAGCACACUGCAGCUCCCCCAGCCUGAAGGGGCCACUAAGAAGCUGCGCAGCAACAUCCGACGGAGCACGGAGACCGGCGUUGCAGUGGAGAUGCGGAGCCGUGUCACACGCCAGGGCAGUCGGGAGUCUACGGAUGGGAGCACCAACAGCAACAGCUCCGAGGGCACGUUUAUUUUUCCCACACGGCUUGGAGCUGAAAGCCAGUUCAGUGAUUUUCUGGAUGGCUUGGGACCAGCCCAGAUUGUGGGGCGACAAACGCUGGCAACACCUCCCAUGGGAGAUGUGCACAUUGCCAUCAUGGACCGGAGCGGUCAGCUGGAGGUGGAAGUGAUUGAAGCUCGGAGCCUGACCCCCAAACCAGGCUCCAAAUCCCUCCCAGCCACCUAUGUCAAGGCUUACCUGCUGGAGAACGGGGCAUGUGUGGCCAGGAAAAAAACCAAGGUGGCCAAGAAGACCUGUGACCCCUUGUACCAGCAGGCUCUGCUCUUUGACGAGGGGCCCCAAGGCAAGGUGCUGCAGGUGAUCGUCUGGGGAGACUAUGGCCGUAUGGAUCACAAGUGCUUCAUGGGCAUGGCCCAGAUCAUGCUGGACGAGCUGGACCUGAAUGCCGCGGUCACCGGCUGGUACAAACUCUUCCCCACAUCCUCUGUGGCCGACUCCACACUCGGAUCCCUUACCAGGCGUCUGUCCCAGUCCUCUUUGGAGAGUGCCACCAGUCCCUCCCCCUCGUGCUCCUAAGGACCUCACUGAGAACCAGAGGCCAGGGGCUGGUGGGGGAAGGGAGCCUGCUGGCCUCACUGCCCCCUGUACAUAGUCUCUGUGUCUUUCUGGACCCCUCGCCCUGCUGCAUGCCCAAUGACCGCUGGGCUUGUCCCAGCUGGCAGUGGAGACUGUAGUGUGUGUCCAUAUAUGUCCAUGGUGUGUGUGUGCGUGCGUGUGUCCGUGUCCACAUUGUAUUUGUCCAUGUGUCUGGGUACAGUCAAUCCUGGUGACCACAUGAACUGCAGUCCAUGUCUCUGUAUCUUGCUGGAAAGAAUCCAAAGGAACAUCAUGUGGCCAUGGAACAUCAUGUCUUGCCCCUGGAGUCUCCAGGGGUGGAAGUAGGGGAUGUGGCCACUGGUGGGCCUUGCUUAGCCCCGGCCUGGUUGUCUUAUGGUCUCCACUUGGUUUUUCGUCCCGUCUUUUGUUUCUUUGCCUCUCCCAGCAUUGCUGCUCUUUGAGGAAUGUAGCACCCAUUGCAGCUGACCAUACCUGGUUCCCUCUAGGAGUUCAGUCUCUUCUCCCUACCCCAGCCACGCUGGUGGUCAUCCCAUUGAAUGCACUCCACAGCAUGUGGCAUGCUCACCCAGAGCUCUACCCCGCCCUCCGGGAAGACAGAGGCUGUCUGAGGAGGAGGGGCCUUGAGAGUGUUUCUCUCUGGGGAUGACACCGGCUUACAGACCAGGUACAAGAGAGCUGAGUUCCUGGGUGCUGUUCAGACACGCUAGGGGACGUGCUAGGAUCUCUUCUCCCCUAGAGUGUGCUCCAGCGUGCCAAAGGAGCUCCCCCAGUGGGCCCCAGGAGGGUUCCCUGU